AUCCGCAACGGUCGACCUUUCAGCCUAACUUUCACUGCAUCAUAGUUCGGUGCGUUGCCUUGCGUCCGUCUCACGGCAUGCACCAUUCAGUUCUCGAUGUGCCCAUGAUUUGCUGUUUGGUUGUGCGGUAGAUCAUGCAUGUGUGAUGACUCUGCCGGUCUGCGCGUCGACCGGCCCGCUCACACCGGACAACACGGGCCUGCAGACAUUCAAAGACAACCACAUACAUCAAUGCACAGACAUUUCCCUCCGCUUGUCUCACUGACUUGGUUGGAGCAAGUUUGGGCAGUGCGGUCACUGCAGGGGCUGUCGGUCGUCUCGCCGUCUCAGCCUCUGUCGGCCACUGGCACACACAGAUAUGCACGGCACAUGAAGACAGACAGCUCAUCUGUGGGUGUGAAUAUUGACCUCGAGGUGACAUUUGGCAGCGAAGAUGGCUUUGGUCUCAGGGUCAAACGAUGAGAAAUCUGCGACAGAUCACAAGCUGUGUUGUGCCUGUAGAUCAGUUGGCUGGCUGACUGACUGACCCAUUGCCGGCGGGCAGAUGCCUCUGUAAUUUGACGGGGCGAUGCACAGAUUCCCUCCCACGUUGGUCCAUGUGUGUGGACACGUGGCCGUCCAAUCGCGGCGGGGAGACGACACGCACGACCACUCUGCUCGACUGCACAUAUACAGACACAGACGAUGCGCUGCUCUCGUCUCGAUAUGUGUGUGUACGUGCUUGUGGCUACCAUUUCCAUGCGAAUGUCUCCUUUUCGAUUGGUGUGGCUGCGGUGAGGUUGGUGGCGCGGCAGAAGCCGUCGUAGCCGUCCGGCGGAGAACACACGCCGCCCUCAUCCGUCCACUGCAGAGGGCAAGUGGGCGAAUAAUCUGCAAGGCAAGGCAGACAGACAGAAACACAGACAGUCAGUGUAGCAUGAGUGGUGAGAUGUGGCUGACAGAGAGUCCGGCCGACCUCGUCUGCACUGUCCGAUGAACCAAUAUUUGUUGAGGAGCUGGGCGGCGAGUUGCUGUGCGCGUGAGUCGGCCUCCUCCUUGACAAACUCCUCUGUGCGCUGCGAACGGGCAUACGACACACCCUGAUUAAUGAACAUGACAACACACACACACACACACACACACACACGCAGGGAGACAUAAAGUCGGUCCGUGUGCUCGACUCUCUCUGUGUGUGCAAGUGUACGUCUUGUGCGAGUGUGGCGAGCUCGUUUGCGCUGGGUCCUGUCAGCUGCAGGCCCGGCAGUCCAGGCACAGGCACCUUUGGAAUUGGGAUGGGCGGGAUGAGGCCGAGGAUCUUGGAGAGGAAGCCGGUGAUCGUCUGCAUCGCUUUCCCAAAGCCCUCUGGUGCUGCCGGCGGGGCCUGCCCGACAGACAUGAAUCGCAUACUGGUGGGCAGCGGCUUGGCGGUCAGCAGCUCGGCAGCGUGAUGUGAUGGAGCAGCUGUCGGCGGCUGCUCGCGUGCCGGUGGUGGCUGUGUGCGUGUGGGCGUGGCAGGGGCUCUGAUGUGUGGAAAGCCAGGCCAGCCGGGCAGCGCCUCUGGCGACGCCAUCAAUCUGUGUGCAUGAAUUAGUAACGGUCCUUUGCGUUGUCGUUCUGCGUCGAUGGUCGUGAGCUACCUUGGGGAGUUGCAGGCCAUCAGUGAGUGCGGACGGCAUGCCUGGGACGUAGAUGACGGUGGCAGGUAGCUCAUGCGACGGCCGAGCGACCAAGGCUGCAUCCACACGCAACAAGACGGAGACAUGCGUAGUUGUGUUUGUGUCAUUGAACUUUGUGAUGCCCACUUGUGAGGGGCAGAACAGAACUGAACGAAGGACAAGAGAGGAAUGACAUACAAUAUCAUGUGUGACGUGUUUAUUGUAUCGGCUCUCUCUUGUGUUUGCCGUGUCUCUGUCCCACCCGAGUGCCGUUUCUUGGAACGGUGAUGACUUGUACUCCAACUGUGCCUCUUUGGCGCCCGCGUGGAUCGGGAUGGCGCUGCCGGGCAUCAUCAUGGCAACCUGACAUACAUGAUCGCAGUAAGACACACGCACACACGCAGACACAGCAGCCCGAGACUUACAGGCCGUGCGUCGGUGAGGAGGGCCUCCUUCGGCUGCGCCCUUCGUAUCUCCUCGGUCGGGAAGAUCGCCCUCUUCGGUCCUCCUUUGGGCGCCGGUCGCUCGACUGCUCCAGAGACCUCCCUCGGCACUUGCACUCUCUCGGCCAGUGGAGCUGGUGCGGCUGUGAGCGGCGCAGGCGCACGCAGGAAGGGAAUGGGCGUGGGCGUGACAGCCGGCAU